UCGGGAGACUAGAGGACUCUUUCGAUGCUUCUGGCAGGAGGAGCACUCGGGGUCAGGGAUCAGGGAACACUCAGAGUUUGAGUGUCCCAAGCAGACCUCCACCCCCAGCUCUCUCUGCACACACGCAAAUCCGCAGGCUUCCACAGCUGAACCUGCACAGCUGGGAGAGGGAUGGACUUCUGGAAUCCAGUACAUUCUGGCUCUCUGAGGUUCCAUAGAGCCUGCUUCACUACCUGUAUGAGGGAAGUUGGGUGAGGCCAUUAGCCUCUGCUCACUCUUCCUACUUCAAAGAGAGACUGUAUCCGCAUGGUUAUGUUUUGACCCUGACGACUCACUGAAUGGUCUUCUGAUGGAACCUGGAGUCCUUCUGCCUUCUGCCUGCCUGAAUGGAAUCAGACCAGGCUUAUUGAUUCCCUAAAUGAGUGGGAAGCCUAGCAUGGGUGCCAGUCUGUAACGAGAACUGGAAUAGGAGUCAGGCUGUGUCUAGUCCUAGGACUGCCACUGGGUGACCACUUGACCUGAGACAAGUCACCUCUUUCUGAGUGUCUUCAUCUGUAAAGUGAAGGGACUGGACAAGAUGCUUUCUAAGAUCCCUUCCACUUCUGUGAUUUUAGAUGUCUGGAUGUGACCUCAAGUGACUCUUCCCAAGGCUUGAAGAUUUUCUAGGUGACGCCCCCACCCCAGCAUCAUGCAUCGGACCACACGGAUCAAAAUUACCGAGCUGAACCCUCACCUCAUGUGCGCCCUCUGUGGGGGGUACUUCAUAGAUGCCACUACCAUCGUGGAGUGCUUGCAUUCCUUCUGCAAAACCUGCAUCGUGCGCUACCUGGAGACCAACAAGUACUGCCCCAUGUGCGAUGUGCAGGUCCAUAAAACCCGGCCGCUGCUGAGCAUCAGAUCUGACAAAACCCUUCAAGACAUUGUCUACAAAUUGGUCCCUGGGCUUUUUAAAGAUGAGAUGAAACGGCGGCGGGAUUUCUAUGCAGCCUACCCCCUGACAGAAGUCCCCAACGGCUCCAACGAGGACCGUGGUGAGGUUCUGGAGCAGGAGAAGGGGGCCCUGAGCGACGACGAGAUCGUCAGCCUCUCCAUCGAGUUCUACGAAGGUGUCAGAGACCGGGAAGAGAAGAAGGGCCCCCUGGAGAAUGGGGAUGGCGACAAGGAGAAGCAGACAGGCGUGCGCUUCCUGCGAUGCCCAGCAGCCAUGACUGUCAUGCAUCUUGCCAAGUUUCUCCGUAACAAGAUGGACGUGCCCAGUAAGUACAAGGUUGAGGUUCUCUAUGAGGAUGAGCCACUGAAGGAAUACUACACCCUCAUGGACAUCGCCUACAUCUACCCCUGGCGGCGGAACGGCCCUCUCCCCCUCAAGUAUCGCGUCCAGCCAGCCUGCAAGCGACUCACCUUGCCCACAGCACCCACCCCCUCCGAGGGCACCAAUACCAGCGGGGCAUCCGAGUGUGAGUCAGUCAGUGACAAGGCUCCCAGCCCUGCCACCCUGCCGGCCACCUCCUCUUCCCUGCCCAGCCCAGCCACCCCCUCCCAUGGCUCUCCCAGCUCCCAUGGCCCCUCGGCCCCCCACCCCACCUCCCCCACUCCCCCUGUGACAGCCGGUGGGGCCACUGCAGCUGCCAACGGGGGCACCUCAAACUGCCUGCAGACACCAUCCUCCACCAGCAGGGGGCGCAAGAUGACUGUCAACGGAGCUCCUGUGCCCCCCUUAACUUGAGGAAAGGGACCCUCGCCCUCCUUUUCCAGCCAUGCCUCUCCACCCCUCCACUUUUUCUGGGCCCCCUUUUCCACCUCUUCUAUUUUCCCCAGCUCCUCCCACCUUAGGGGUGGGGGAUGGGUUUUAUAAAUAAAUCUAUAUAUAUAUGUACAUAGGAAAAACCAAAUAUACAUACUUAUUUUUUAUGGACCAACCAGAUUAAUUUAAAUGCCACAGGAAACAAACUUUAUGUGUGUGUGUAUGUGUGGGGGGUGGGGUGUUCAUUUUUAGGGGGUCUUGUGGAAUUCUCUCUGCUCUUUUUGGGGGUGCCUAGAGGUGGAAUUGGAGGGGCCACUUGAGGCCCAGUAUCACUCUGCCCCUUCCUCCUCCUGUUUCCCAAGACAUAUGGGGUGCUGAGAGGCCCCCACCAACCCCCAAAGCUUUAGGCACAAUUCUAACUGGCUGUGUAUGGGGUCCUCUCUGUUUCUUGCCCCCUCUUGGCUGCUGUCCUACCGGUACCCUGACCAGUGCCCUUCCCCACCAUUGUUGAAUGUUCAGAGAAUUGCAAAGACAGUGCCUUUUACAAAUGCAGCCUAUCCCCUGGUUUUGAGGAGCAAGUGGGCAGUGGAGAGGGCAUCUCCCUUACCUCCUCCUCUUGCAGUGGAAACUUUGUAUAAAGAAUAGAUAGUUUUGCCUCCCCCCUCCCCUCACCCCCAGUGCCCCCAUGUGUGUGGCCUUUGCAUCAUUUAUCUUGUGGAAAAGAAGAUUCAGGCCACAGGAGGCCUCGGCCCUUGAACUUCCCCUGUGGUGUUAACAUUGUGAACCGCUUCACUCCUUCUCCCCCACACCUCCCCCCCAGGAGCCCGCACUACCAAGGCUGGUGGGGCAGUCUCGCUGGGGGCUGGCGUGGAGAGGUGGAGGCAGGGUGACCUCACAUAAGCACAGACCCCAGAUUUGGCCAAAGGCAAACAGUCCUCUAGUCCCCUCCCCACCCGCAGCUGAGGCCAAGUCAGAAAAGAGCAACAGAGACAUCUAAAAGCACAAGGAGACAGAAACCUGUAGGUCUGACCUCAGCUCCAUCCUGAGAAGUCAAGUGGUCCACCCCCAUGAGGGGUGGGUCCCAAGAGACCCCUGCCCCCCUGUUUUCCUCCAAUGUACAUAGAUCGGAUUGUGAGGGGAGGAGGCAGUACUCUAUCACAACUGCGUGUUUGGGGCCGGGCAUCCCCCAAUGGGUUUGUCUGUGUUCACACCCUGUCCUAUGUCUGAGGUGCUGUGGCUGGCUGUACCCUUCUGCCCUGGGAUGUUUGUAUCUCCUGGCUUUGUAAUAAAUGCUGCAUACUCUC